UGCCUCUGAAAACAAAAAAGCAAGCGAUCCUCUUCAUUUUCAAGAAUACUAGGAAAGUAGCAAUCUAGGAGAAAUGUCUGCUCAAUCACCUACAGGAGCAUCAUCAGCUUCUCCUUUGGUUCAUGCUGGAAAUUCUGAUCGAAGAUCCGUGGAGUUUCUCCCGAGCAUUUGGGGGGAUCAUUUCCUAAAUCAUGCCUCCGACUCCAUGAUGAUCCAUGAAAGUGCCGAGAAGCAAAUUUUGAAAUUGAAGUCCGAGGUGAAGAGGAUGCUGGAUGUCAAUAGUAGUCCUCCGGAAAAGCUAAACCUGAUCGAUCAAAUUCAGAGGCUAGGGAUCAGUUAUAUCUUUGAGAGGGAGAUUGACGAGGCUCUCGAGCAAAUUCACCAAGUUUACUUUGAACGCAAUGCCGGAGACGACGUUGAUAUGAACACCACCGCUCUCUUGUUCCGUUUGUUAAGGCAACAAGGCUACAGGAUUUCAUGCAAUGUCUUCGACAAGUUUAAGGACUCGAGCUUAGGAAGUUUUCGGGAAUCCCUUGUCACUGACAUGAGAGGACUGCUAAGCCUGUACGAGGCCAGCCAUCUCCGAGUUCGUGGAGAGGACAUUCUAGAAGAAGCUCUCGCCUUCACCUUCACUCAUCUUAAAAGAUUUAUGGAGGAAUACAACAAUAAUGAGUCACACUCAUUACCGAUCACAAGAACCAGAAGCCAUUCACUGGCAGCACAAAUCGGCCAUGUCCUGAAGCAGUGUCUGCGGAAGGGGUUGACGAGGAUAGAGGCAAGACAUUACAUCUCCAUCUACGAAGGAGAAGGUUCUCACAGUGAAGUGUUGCUGAAUCUGGCCAAGUUGGACUUCAAUUUGCUCCAGAAACAACACCAGAAGGAGCUCAACGACAUCUCAAGGUGGUGGAAAGAGUUGGACUUCGGAAGGAACCUGCCUUUCGCGAGGGACAGAGUUGUGGAGUGCUAUUUCUGGAUUCUCGGGGUGUACUUCGAGCCGGAGUAUGCGCUUGCUCGCAACAUUGUCACGAAAGUUAUCAUGCUGACUUCGGUUAUGGAUGAUAUAUAUGAUGUCUAUGGUACACCAGAAGAGCUGCAACUCUUAACUGAUGCAAUUGAAAGGUGGGACAGGGGGGAGACUGGUCAACUGCCAGAGUACAUGCAAAUUUUCUAUAAGGCAUUGUUGGACGUGUUUGAUGAAAUUGGGGAAAAGUUGGCCGAUGAGGAAGGAAUAUCUUAUCGACUGUUCUAUGGAAAAGAAGCAAUGAAAAUGCAAGCUAGGGCAUACUUCGAUGAGGCCAAAUGGCUCGACCAACCGCAGUACAUUCCCACAGUUGAAGAGUACAUGUCCGUGGCAGUGGUAUCAUCGGGCUAUGUCAUGCUUGUGCCUAUCUCCUUCCUAGGAAUGGGACAUAUUGCAACAGAAGAUGCCUUCAAAUGGUCACUCGGAAACCCUAAUAAAAUAGUUAGGGCUUCCGCGACCAUUGCCCGCCUCAUGGACGAUAUAGUUUCUCACAAGUUCGAGCAAGAGAGAGGAGGACAUGUGGCUUCUGCAGUGGAAUGCUUCAUGAAGCAGUAUGGCGUGACCGAACAACAGGCGAAAGAAGAACUCUGGAAGAAGGUCGAUGACGCUUGGAAGGACAUCAACGAAGAGUGCCUUCGCCCACGCCCCGUCCCAGAGCCCCUACUCGCUCGAAUCCUCAAUCUCGCGCGAGUCAUGGACGUGCUUUACAAGGACAAGGAUCGCUACACCCAUCCCGAUCUCGAGCUGAAACAGCUUGUGGCUUCGGUCCUUAUCGAACCUAUUCCGUCAUGAGGGUACAUACUCAUCAUGAUGAAGUGAAUAGUAUAUCCUCGUACAGGAUGGUCUUAGUACAGAACAUCUUCAUGUGCGUGUGGUUUUGGAGUUCAUAUCAAUAGGCUUAAUGUCAAUUACUUUCUCUUCAGAUUUUCAAUAAUCUAGCUAUGUGAAAUAAUAUGUACUUUAAAGGCGAGAUAGGUUGAUGAAUAUAAGAUAUAUUGUCGCUUCAUAAGUGUCCUCCAAACCAUAUAUGGUUACAUUUGAAGUCAUGCUUA